UUGAGCCCAAAAUGAAAGUUUUCAUCUAUAUGCUAAAACUUCAGGACUGCUCAUCCACAGGGAAGAGCCCCUCCUCACUGCUCUUCAGCCUGUUUGAAGCCAUAAAUAAAGACCAAGUACAGACUGUUGGGUUCGACAUCAAUGAGUUCCUGAGCUGUCCAUCCAGUUCUGAGGAGAGCCCAUCUUGUUCUCUAACUGAGAGCCUGGCCUUUCAGACUGAGCAGCAGCAGAAGACAGAAAAUGUGCCCUCUUCCUUUCUAUCAGCCUACCAGAUGGUCUGGGCAGCCUUUGCCAACCAGUCUAGUGCAGAAAGGGAUGCCUUUAUGCAAGAUGUGUUCCCAGAAGGGUUCCUCUGGGGUGUGUCCACGGGAGCCUUUAAUGUGGAAGGAGGUUGGGCCGAAGACAACAGAGGGCCGAGCAUCUGGGACCACUACAGUAACCUGAAUGCUGCAGAGGGACAAGCAACGGCAAAGGUGACCAGUGACAGUUACCACAAAGCAGCCUCAGAUGUGGCCCUGCUCCGAGGCCUCAGGGCUGGGGUGUACAAGUUCUCCAUCUCCUGGUCCAGGCUGUUCCCCACUGGGCAGAAGAACAGCCCCAACCUCCAAGGUGUCACCUACUACAAUAGACUGAUAGACAGCCUGCUGAACUCCCACAUCGAGCCCAUGGCUACGUUGUUCCACUGGGACUUGCCUCAGGCCCUGCAGGAUCAAGGCGGAUGGCAGAAUGAGAGUGUGGUGGAUGCCUUCCUGGACUAUGCAGCCUUCUGCUUCUCCACUUUUGGGGACCGUGUGAAGCUGUGGGUGACCUUCCACGAGCCAUGGGUGAUAAGCUAUGCAGGCUAUGGCACUGGACAGCAUGCACCAGCCAUCUCUGACCCAGGAGUGGCUUCUUUUAAGGUGGCUCACUUGAUCCUCAAGGCGCAUGCCAGAACUUGGCAUCACUACGAUCUUCACCACCGCCAACAGCAGCAGGGACGCGUAGGCAUUGUGCUCAAUUCAGACUGGGCAGAGCCCCUGGACAGGAGGAGCCCCCAGGACCUUGCUGCUGCAGAGCGAUUCCUGCACUUCAUGCUGGGCUGGUUUGCACACCCCAUCUUUGUGGAUGGAGACUAUCCCACCACCCUUAGGGCCCAGAUCCAGCACAUAAACCAGCAGUGUGGCCGUCCUCUGGCCCAACUCCCAGAGUUCACUGCAGAGGAGAAGCAGCUCCUGAGAGGCUCUGCAGACUUCCUUGGUCUGUCUCAUUACACAUCCCGCCUCAUCAGCAAGGCUGGGCAGCAGGCCUGCACCCCCAGCUAUGAUAACAUCGGAGGCUUCUCCCAGCACGUAGACCCCACCUGGCCCCAGACUGCCUCUCGCUGGAUCCGGGUGGUGCCCUGGGGCAUAAGGAGGCUGCUUGGUUUUGCUUCCAUGGAGUACACGAAAGGAAGAGUUCCAAUCUACUUGGCUGGGAAUGGCAUGCCAGUAGGGGAAGUAGCGGAUCUCGACGACUCAGUGAGAGUGAACUACUUCAACCUGUACAUCAAUGAAGUGCUCAAGGCUGUCAAGGAGGAUUUGGUGGAUGUCCGUUCAUACAUUGCUCGCUCCCUCAUUGAUGGCUUCGAAGGGCCCCCGGGUUAUAGCCAGAGGUUUGGGCUGUACCAUGUCAACUUCAAUGACAGCAGCAGGCCAAGAACAGCCAGGAAAUCUGCCUACUUCUUCACUAGCAUCAUUGAAAAGAAUGGUUUCCCUGCCAAAAGAGUAAGAAGAAAUCCACCACCUAUGAGAGCUGCCUUUUCCUCCCGAGUGACAGCCGUCCCCAACUCCCCAUCUGAGGUGCCUUCCCAGGCUAAAAUUGUGUGGGAAAAGUUCUCCAACCAGCCCAAGUUUGAAAGAGAUCUGUUCUAUCAUGGCACAUUCAGAGAUGACUUCCUGUGGGGUGUGUCCUCCUCGGCCUAUCAAAUUGAAGGAGGUUGGGAUGCCGACGGCAAAGGCCCCAGCAUCUGGGACAACUUCACCCACACCCCGGGGAACAAUGUCAAAGACAAUGCCACCGGAGACAUAGCGUGUGACAGCUAUCACCAAUUGGAUGCCGACCUGAACAUUCUUCGCGCCCUGAAGGUCAAGGCCUACCGGUUCUCUAUCUCUUGGUCUCGGAUUUUCCCAACAGGAAGAAACAAUUCCAUCAACAGUCUUGGUGUUGAGUAUUACAACAAGCUCAUUGACAGCUUGGUUCAGAGCAACAUCUUCCCCAUGGUGACACUGUUUCACUGGGACCUGCCCCAGGCCCUCCAGGACAUUGGAGGGUGGGAGAACUCAUCUAUGGUUGAUUUGUUCAACAGCUAUGCAGACUUUUGUUUUAAGACCUUCGGUGACAGAGUCAAGUUCUGGAUAACCUUUAAUGAGCCUUUGUACCUGGCACUGUUAGGCUAUGGUUCAGGGGUGUUUCCCCCAAAUGUGCAGGACCCGGGUUGGGCACCUUACAGGGUCAGCCAUGUAAUCAUUAAGGCUCAUGCUAGAGUCUACCAUACUUAUGCUGAGAAAUACAGGCAGGAGCAGGGUGGGGUCAUUUCACUGAGCCUCAACACUCACUGGGUGGAGCCCAAGAACCCAGGGCUCCGAAGAGAUGUGGAAGCCGCUGACCGGAUGCUGCAGUUUUCCCUGGGCUGGUUUGCCCAUCCCAUUUUUAGAAACGGGGACUAUCCAGAUGUCAUGAAAUGGAAUGUGGGGAACAGGAGUGAGCUGCAGCACCUGGCUGAGUCCCGCCUGCCCAGCUUCACGGAGGAGGAGAAGGGUUACAUCAUGGGUACCGCGGAUGUCUUCUGCCUCAACACCUACUCGUCUGUAUUUGUGCAGCAUAACACUCCCAGGCUGAAUCCACCCAACUAUGAUGAUGACCGGGAGCUAACAGUCAGCAAUAUGGACUCUUCAUUGAUCUCCACGGCAGUGCACGCAGCUAUACCCUGGGGGAUGCGGAGGCUGCUGAACUGGAUCAAGGAAGAGUAUGGCAACAUUCCCAUUUACGUCACUGAGAAUGGACAGGGGCUAGACAACCCCACGCUGGACGACACACAAAGGACAUUCUACCACAAAACCUAUAUUAAUGAAGCUCUGAAAGCCUACAGACUGGAUGGUGUGGACCUUCGAGGGUAUUCUGCGUGGUCUCUGAUGGACAACUUCGAGUGGCUGUCAGGCUACACGGUCAAGUUUGGACUGUAUCAUGUUGACUUUGACCAUGUGAACAGGCCUCGAACGGCCAGAGCCUCAGCCAGAUACUACACAGAGGUUAUCACCAACAAUGGCAUGCCCCUGGCCAAGGAGGACGAGUUCCUGUAUGGAGAGUUCCCCAAGGGUUUCAUCUGGAGUGCAGCUUCUGCUGCAUAUCAGAUUGAAGGUGCCUGGAGAGCAGAUGGUAAAGGACUUAGUAUUUGGGACACAUUUUCCCACACGCCACUGAAGAUUGAGAAUAAUGACAAUGGAGAUGUGACCUGUGACAGUUACCACAAGAUUGCUGAGGAUGUGGUGGCUCUUCAGAACCUGGGUGUGUCCCACUACCGAUUCUCCAUCUCCUGGCCUAGAGUCCUCCCAGACGGAACCACCAAGUUCAUCAAUGAAGCAGGACUCAACUACUACGUUCGAUUCAUAGAUGCACUGCUGGCUGCUGGCAUCACACCACAGGUGACCAUGUAUCACUGGGACCUGCCCCAGGCACUGCAAGACAUCGGGGGCUGGGAGAAUGAGACAAUUGUGCAGCUGUUUAAGGAGUAUGCAGAUGUGCUCUUCCUGAAGCUGGGGGACAAGGUGAAGUUUUGGAUCACACUGAAUGAGCCCUUCGUCAUUGCUGCCCAUGGCUAUGGUAGUGGAGUGUCUGCCCCAGGAAUCUCCUUCAGGCCUGGCACAGCUCCAUACACUGCUGGCCACAACCUAAUAAAGGCUCACGCUGAGGCUUGGCAUCUCUACAAUGACAAGUACCGAGACAGCCAGAAAGGUGUGAUUUCUAUCACCAUCAACAGUGACUGGGCUGAGCCCAGGGACCCCUCCAAGCAGGAGGACAUUGAGGCCGCCAGGAGAUAUGUUCAGUUCAUGGGAGGCUGGUUUGCACACCCCAUCUUCAGUAAUGGAGAUUACCCGGAGGUGAUGAAGACACGCAUCCUUGCGAGGAGCCUGGAGGCAGGCCUCAACAAGUCGAGGCUCCCUGAGUUUACAGAGAAUGAGAAGAUGAGGAUCAAGGGCACCUUUGACUUUUUUGGGUUCAACCACUACACCACUGUACUGGCCUAUGACCUCAACUACCCUGCUGCCAUCUCAUCCUUUGAUGCAGACAGGGGAGUUGCCUCCAUUGCAGACAGCUCUUGGCCAGUCUCUGGCUCCUUCUGGCUGAAGGUGACACCUUUUGGCUUCCGGAGGAUCUUGAACUGGCUGAAGGAGGAAUACAACAACCCUCCAAUUUACGUCACAGAGAAUGGAGUGUCCAGACGGGGAGAUGUAGAACUCAAUGACACCGACAGGAUCUACUACCUCCGCAGCUACAUCAAUGAGGCCCUCAAAGCUGUGCAGGAUAAGGUGGACCUUCGAGGAUACACACUAUGGAGCGUGAUGGACAACUUCGAAUGGGCCACAGGCUUUGCAGAGAGGUUUGGUGUGCACUUUGUGAACCGCUCUGACCCUUCUCUGCCAAGGAUCCCCAAGGCAUCAGCCAACUUCUAUGCCUCUGUAAUCCGCUGCAAUGGCUUUCCUGACCCUGCACAAGGACCUCAUCCUUGUCUCCAUCAACCAGACGAAGCUGAACCCACUGGCAGCCCCGUGAAGUUGGACGUGCCCUUCCUGGGGCUGAUGCUGGGCAAAACAGAAGCACAUACGGCGUUGUAUGUGCUCUUCGCUCUCCUGCUGCUUGCUGUCUGUAGCUUGGCGUUUCUACUCUACAAAUACUGCAAGCGCUCCAAGCAAAGGGAAACACAGCCAAGCCAACACAGUCUGAGUCCAAUUUCCUCCUUCUGACAAGUCACCCCCUCAGUUGUGCAGAGAAGCCUGGGUUCUUUAGACACGUUUACUAGCACAGACUUCUGCCCACAAUGGACCUCUCAAGGCCUACACUGUGGGAGGUGAUUUCUAUCAUGAAGCUUUUCAAGUUAUCAAUGGAAAUGAAAACAUCUUCAGUACGGGGAAUUUCUCUGGACUCUGAGAAGCCUACAAGGUACCCUGUGGAAAUGACUCAGCUGUCUUGUGCUUCUGUGUGCUUUCAGUGUUUGAUGGUAGACACUUAACUA